AUGUCAUCUUCAACAUCAGAUUCAUCUAUAAAUCCUUCAUUAUUCGAUAAAGUAACCGGUUGUGUAUCUUAUGUUCAACAAAAUAAUUAUGUUACAAAAAAACGUUUUCAUACUCUACGCCAAUAUUUUUUUCGAUCCGUCGGAUUUUCUAUUAUAUUAUAUUGUUUUUGUCAAUUAAUUAUUUUAUUUUAUUCAUUUCUUAAAUUAAUAUUACAUUUAUUAUUUCAAAUAAUUUUCAUGAUGAUUUUAUUUCUAUUUAAAUUUAUUCAAUUAUUUUUACCUCAAACAACAAAUUAUAAUAUAUUAUUUUUAUUAAUUGGAUUUUGUUCAAUCAUAUCAGUUUUUAUUGCAAAAUUUUCAUAUAAAAAUAUUGAAAUACAUCUUGGUAAACGUUACAAAUUAAUAAAACGUUAUCCAUUUAUUUUAACAUUGAUCACUCUUCUUCUUUUACAAUCUGUAUUAAUUCUUUUACCACUUGGUGUAUCUAUACGAGAACAACGGAAGUUAUCUUCGACUCCGGUUCCUUUCAAGCAACCAGUAAUGAAAUUACCUGAACAAAAAAACUAUUGA